GUAAAAGAAGUGCCGUGGCGAGUGGAUGUUUCGCAUUGUGCUCAAGGGCAUCGGCGCGUGUGUUCUGGGGUGGAAAAGUUGCCAGUGUGCGGAAAAAUCACUGAUAAUUCGGGGUGGAAUGUAGUGGAAUCCUUCCAUCAUCGCUGGUGUUUUUUUGGGCGGCAACUUUUGAAGACGACGCGGAGUAUAAUCGAGAGAAUAUCUACGAAUUUCCCGUCAACUUUUUCCAUUUUCUCUGGUGACUAACCCCUAAGGGAAAUCACUUUUUAGCUCCAGAGAAUAAUUUAUUGAUAGUAUCGUGAAUAAUAAUGGCAGCAGUUCAACAAGCAAAAGAGACAUAAAUUUAUAUGGCAGAGGCAUGCUCUACUACAAAAAAAAGUGUAUGAAUAAAAAAUUGUGACUUAUCUCAUUCACGUACAGCCCAUUAAUCCACAAUUUGCACAAAUUGGAGAAUAAUUCUUCUCUGUCAUGGGCAAAGAGUGACGGUGAGGCAAAAAGGCGGCAAAGAGAGGAAAAUCAACAGAGGCAAAAUCAAAACGUGGCAAAUGUACUAUUUUGACAAAUGUGAUUUUCAUUAAUGAAUUGAAAUGUGAUGUGGAGUUUUUGCACCCCGUGAAGAGAGAGAGAGCACAUGGUGUGAGGAGAUCCUGGACGAGGAGAUUUCCGUGUUAAGUCUGGAAUGAGCGUGAUUUUUGCUCAUUGCCGGCGGAGACACAGCGAGACACGGAACAAAUCAGAGCAAGCAUGUGGCUCCUCGGAAAACAAGACAAUAUUUCAAGAAGCGAGUGAUAUGUGGUCGUUUGAGCGUUUGUGAACCUAAAUCCUUAUUAUUCCUAAUGCUCCGAAAAGGCGGCCGCACGAGACGAGGCAAUUUCAUCGCCCUUCUAGACACUCUGGCAAGAUGGUCGACAAUAUUUAUGGUGCUCGGAUUUGCGAAGGAUGGAAAUGGGCUCAUUCAGCCACCUCAGACGACAUCUCACGUGGUGGCAGAUAGCUCGGGUGGGGGCCACCUUCCGGACAUGGACACAAAUUUCCUGAAUAGUGUAAAUAGAAAUCAACUGGAGCCGGUGGUCAGCUCGAACGUAAGUGCUAAUCGAAUUAAUCACAUCAACAAGACGAGUUCGCCGCCCAUGAGAAUGGGCGCCACGGAGUCUGCAGCUCGUGCCGUCGAUAACCAAUUAAGUGAAAGUGAAGACACUGCCUCCAACUUCAACGAGACCCACUUUGCCACAGAGAAUUCAUCAACUGUAAUUUAUCAGGCUGGUUCAAUUGCAAUUCUCGAGUGUAUCGUUCGCAACAUUGGCGAGAAUGUGGUAUCAUGGAUCAGGCGGAAAGGGAAAGACUAUCAUCUUUUAACAGUUGGCUUAACAACGUACAGCGGCGAUGAGAGAUUUAGUGCAAUUCAUCCGUUGGAUUCAGAGGACUGGACCCUCCAGAUCAAAUUUGUGACCACGACGGACGCUGGCGUGUACGAGUGUCAGGUAUCCACCCACCCGCCAAUAUCAAUCUUCACGCACCUCCACGUUGUCGAGGCACGAGCUGAAAUUGCUGGGCCACAGGAGAAGUACUUGAAGCCCGGCUCAACUCUCCGGCUCGUCUGUCGAGUGCUGCAGAGCACGGAGCCGCCGCUCUAUUUGUUCUGGUAUCACAACAAUCGCAUGAUAAACUACGACUCACAUCGGGGCGUUAAUGUGUCCACAGAUGCAGAUAAUCGCCACUCUGAGCUGCUAAUACUGCAGACAUCACUAUCAUACUCAGGAAAUUAUUCCUGUGUACCCAACAAUGCAAUAUCAGCCAGCGUACUCGUCCAUAUAUUGAAUGCAGGUGAAAAUCCGGCCGCAAUGCAACAUGGGGAGCACAAUGGGGCCAUUGGGAGUGUCAAGUGGAGUUGGAUGACAUCAUCGGUGAUAACUCUGCUUGUGCUUCGUCUGCUGCUUGGAGAAUCUAUGUGAAAAGCGUGUCUUUUUCAGUGGUUUACCCAUACUAAUCGUGUGAACGGUGUUACAAAAUGUGAGAUGGACAGUUGAAGUGUGAGAAGCUGGAGGACAUUACAGCAUAAUGAUAGCUAAAUGGAGACAUAUUGACUGAAGAGAAUAUUCGUAAAAUUAAUAAAUGUUUAA